UUGUUCAUCACAAACCACGAUGUCUGGCGCUUCGGAAAUCUCAUCCGCAGCAAGUACGGAUACGCACGUGAGAACGACGCAUACUGGAACAGACACAAGAUCGCAAUCGGCAUCCUCGCAGCAUACACAGGCCCAAUCACAAUCUACUACGGUGAUGAAUAUGGUGAUAUCGCAGAAUGCUGGUACGGCCAAGGUGGCUCAUGCGGCGGCAACACAUACAGUGACAAUGCAGCACGUACAAAUGGAAGAACAGGUGGCUUCAACUCUCGCGAACAAGACCUCCACGAUUUCACAGCUAAGGUCAUGAGAAUCCGCAGUGAGAACCCAUCACUCUGGAGAGGAUCGAACGGAAAGACAUUCAACAACGGAUGCAUCUUCAACUGCAAGUACGACUCACAGACAGGAAACAAAGUCGUAUUCGCUGCUAACCUCGCAUACAACUCUGUCACAACACACUACCAGGUUGGUGGUUCAAGACUCACAGACUUGAUCAGCGGCAGAACAUACACAUCAUCGAACGGUGCAUACGACAUCCAACUCAAUGGACUCGGUGUUGCCCUCUUCAAAGUUGAGUAA